AUGUAUCCUGAUCUGGGCGAGUUAACCCCUGGGCCAGCUGGAUUGUUGGGCUCUUCUUGCCUGCCUUUUCCUGUGCGGAGUCAGGGCGUCCGGAUCGUGCUUCUGCAGAGGAAAUGUGUUUUUUUUCCACGUUUGGCUCCCUUUCCGUGGAACGUGAGCACACCAGUCGGCCCUGGCGUGCCCUUUCCAGGGAUCUCUGUGUCCCUGAAAGGUUUCCUCCCGCCCCUGUCCUGGAACAUAAGUGCAGUGGAUGAAACUCUGAGCAGAAAGCAUCACCGGAGACGGAAGGAGGUCGGCAUCGCAUAUGACCCUCCAGAAAGGGAUGGCUCUGAGGAGGCAAACGAUCUGGAAGCCAAGAAGCCGAAAUGGGAGCCAAAGAACUGGAAGCAACAGCUGGCCCAUAUCCAGGAGAUGCGGAAGGAGAGAGAUGCGCCCGUCGAUCAGAUGGGGGCCGGCAAAUGCUUUGAUGCUGACGCCCCUCCAGAGGUGAGGCGCUACCAGGUCCUGCUAUCACUCAUGCUCUCCAGCCAGACGAAAGAUCAAGUGACGUCGGCCGCCAUGAUGCGCCUGCGGGAGCACGGCCUGACGGUGGACAACAUCCUGGAGACGGAUGACACAACUCUAGGCCAGCUCAUUUACCCCGUGGGGUUUUGGAAGCGCAAAGUCCAGUACAUCAAGCAGACCACCGCCAUCCUGAAGCGGGACUACGGGGGCGACAUUCCCCAGACCGUAGAGAAGCUGGUCAAGCUGCCUGGGGUGGGCCCCAAGAUGGCCCAUUUGGUCAUGGACAUCGCCUGGCAGGAAAUCUCUGGAAUCGGGGUCGACACGCACGUGCAUCGGAUCUGCAACCGCCUGAGAUGGACCGAGAAGGAGACGGCGCAUCCCGAGGAGACUCGGAGGGCUCUGGAGGAGUGGCUCCCGAGGGAUCUCUGGAGCGAGAUCAACUGGCUGCUGGUUGGAUUUGGCCAGCAGAUCUGUUUGCCGGUAAACCCACGCUGCGCGGCGUGCUUGAACCACAGCAUCUGCCCAGCUUCCCGGAAGCGCUGAGGCCCCACUGCAGCCCCGGCGCUCGGGAGAAUGAGCUGCCCUUCCUAGUUUUCUGCUGCCCUGGGGGAACGAGAUUCCCGGGAAGAUCCGGGAGCUCACGGCCAGGCUGAGGAGGCUCUAACGGCCCUGUCGUCAUCUUUGGCACAAUCGCUUCAGCCACUGGGAUUUUGACUCCGCAAUGCAGUCGCGCUACAGCGACGCACCGUUCCUGGGUGGAAGAGAUUCAGAGCGCCCGCAUGCGCCAGAAGGGGGAACAUGGAAAUGUUUCUGGCGUGGCCGCCUUCUCAGACUCCACGUAAGCGGCUGUGUCAUAAACAAAAUAAUAGGCAUAUUUGAAUACACGGUGCCGGUAGAAAGGUAGAAAUCUAGCCUUCUCAGGUGGGCACAUAGAGGUUCGCCAGACUCACCUUCGUGCGGGAAAGCCAGGAGGGAGAUCUUGGUUUGGGUGCUGUUUUC